AUGAAAGAUCGCACUGACAUUUUUGCCAGGGCGCGCGUGCGUGGAACCGUUUGUUUGCCCACCUCCUUCGUCUUCACACCCGGCCGUCGCCCGGCGCCCCACGGCGCCGUCCGCGAUGUCCGCGCCGUCGCAAAGCCGACAGAGGACCAGGAGGCGCGUUUGGAGCUGGAGCGCGAGAUAGCGCGGAAAGCGGCCUUCGAAGAGGCUUUGGAGGCCGAAAGAGCCAGCUACGAAGCCGAGCUGGCACGGAAGACCCAGGAGGCCGAGGAUCGACAG